AUGGGGGAUUUCUCGGAUGCAUUUUUGCACCUAACAUUCUCUUUUGCGCUGUGCGUUACCCCGUCUCUUACUACCCUGUCUCGUCCUUCUUCUUGUAAAUUGUGGAAAAAGUUUCAUCUCAAUGAAAUACACAAACCUGGUGAAAUAGUUCUGGGUGGGUUGUUUGAGGUCCACUACACCUCUGUUUUUCCUGAAUGGACAUAUACCUCAGAGCCACAGCAACCUUCCUGCAAAGGCUUUGACACUUUAGGGUUCAGGGAUGCUAUGACCAUGGCAUUUGCUAUUGAUGAGAUCAACAAGAACCCUGAUCUUCUACCAAACGUAACUCUUGGAUACAGUCUUUAUGAUAACUGUGGUGCACUUGUUAUUGGAUUCAGUGGUGCGUUAUCCCUGGCCAGUGGUCAAGAAGAGCAGUUAUUGCUUCAGGAGAACUGUUCAGGGACCCCUCCAGUCCUGGGGAUAGUUGGUGACUCCUAUUCCACUUUUUCCAUAGCAAUUGCCGAUGUGCUAGGUUUGUUCAAAAUGCCAAUUGUGAGUUAUUUUGCCACAUGUUCCUGUCUAAGCAAUCGCCAAAAGUUUCCCUCUUUCUUUAGAACAAUCCCAAGCGAUGCUUUUCAGGUGAAUGCUGUGAUUCAGAUUCUGAAACACUUUGGCUGGACGUGGGUCGGCUUGCUGGUCACUGAUGAUGAUUAUGGAUUUUAUGUUGCCCAUUCUUUCCAGUCUGACCUGGUUCAGUCUAGUGGUGGUUGCCUGGCCUACCUCAAAGUUUUGCCCUGGGACAGUAACCCAGGUGAACUAAAGAAGAUUGUAAAUUUGAUCAAGACAUCAACAGCCCGUGUAGUCAUCGUGUUUGCACAUGAAAUUCACACUUUUAGGUUGAUAGAAGAGGUAGUGCACCAAAAUGUAACGGGCCGACAAUGGAUUGCGAGUGAGGCCUGGGCAACAGCAGCUGUACUUCAGACGCCCAGCUUCACACCUUACCUGGGAGGCACGCUGGGAAUCGCCAUUCGUCGAGGAGAAAUACCAGGACUCAGGGACUUUCUCUUACAAAUACUGCCUGACAAAAAUGACAACAAUGGAAAAAAUAUGGUUAGACAGUUUUGGGAACACACGUUUAACUGUAGCUUUAAUCCAGCAGAUUGGUCUGAAGAUGAGGGAGUUCUGUGCACUGGAGAGGAAGACAUUAGACAGGCAGAGACAGAGUUUUUAGAUAUAUCUAACCUCAGGCCUGAGUACAAUGUUUACAAGACUGUGUAUGCGCUGGCAUAUGCUCUUGAUGCCAUGCAACAGUGUGAGUCAGGAAAAGGGCCUUUCAAUGGCUACACCUGUGCCUCAUUUCAAACCCUGAAACCAUGGCAGCUUUUACACUAUUUGCAAAAAGUCAACUUCACCACACCAUUUGGUGAUCAAGUGUCUUUUGAUGAGAAUGGCGAUGCUCUGCCAAUAUAUGAUGUGAUGAACUGGUUGCAGCUCCCCGAUGGAAGAGUUGAAGUCCAGUAUGUGGGUGAAGUAAAGAGGUCUGCAUUCAGAGAAGAAGAACUCUCACUAGAUGAAGACGCAAUAUUCUGGAACUUUGAAUCAAAACAGCCCCCACGUUCAGUGUGCAAUGAGAAUUGUCCUCCAGGUACUCGAAUGGCAAGAAAAAAAGGGCAGCCUGUGUGCUGUUUUGAUUGCAUCUCAUGCUCUGAAGGAAAAAUAAGUAAUACGACUAACUCCAGAGAGUGCUUCAGUUGUCCAGAGGACUUCUGGUCCAGCCCACAGCGGGAUCACUGUGUUCCUAAGAAAACAGAGUUCCUUUCCUUUCAGGAGCCUCUGGGUAUCUGUCUGACAACCACCUCCCUGUUAGGAACAUUCAUCUGUGCUGCUGUCCUGGGAGUCUUUAUCUAUCACCGCAGUACACCUAUAGUGAGUUAUUUUGCCACAUGUUCUUGCCUUAGUGAUCGGCAGCGCUUUCCCACCUUCUUUAGAACCAUUCCAAACGACGACUUCCAGGUGGUGAGACAGAAUGUGACAGGUCGUCAGUGGAUUGCCAGUGAAACCUGGUCAUCAGCAAGUGUACUUCAGACUCAGCAACUUGUGCCAUAUCUGAGCGGAACGCUGGGCAUCGCCAUCCGUCGAGGAGAAAUACCAGGGCUCAAGGACUUCCUGUCACAAAUAAGUUAUGACCAAAAUGAUGGCAAUAAAAAUAAUUUAGUGAGGCAGUUUUGGGAAAACACAUUUCAGUGUAAAUUUGAUCCAGCAGAUUGGGUUGAAAGAGACGAAGCUUUGUGCACGGGAGACGAGGAUAUUGAACAGGUGGAUACUGAGUUUUUGGACGUCUCUAACCUCAGGCCUGAGUACAAUGUUUUCAAAGCUGUGUAUGCACUGGCCUAUGCCCUUGAUGCCAUGCUGCAGUGUGAGCCAGGAGAAGCAUCAUUCAGUGGCCACAGCUGCGCCACUUUACAAACUCUGGAACCACGGCAGCUUUUACACCAUAUGAAUGAUGUCAACUUUACCACAUCAUUUGGUGAUCAGGUGACAUUUGAUAAGAAUGGUGAUGCCUUGCCGAUAUAUGAUGUUAUGAACUGGCUGUGGCUUCCUGAUGGAAGAAUUAAAGUUCAGAAUGUGGGUGAAGUAAAGAAGUCAGACUCCAGAGGUGAAGAGCUUGUGCUCAAUGAAAACAAAAUUUUCUGGAACACAAAUAAACCACCUCGUUCUGUUUGCAGUGAACCUUGUCCUCCAGGUACCCGCAUGGCCAGAGAGAAGGGGCAACCUGAGUGCUGUUUCAGCUGUAUCGCUUGUUCUGACGGCAAAAUCAGCAAUAAAACUAAUUCCUUGGAGUGCUUCAGUUGUCCAGAGGACUUCUGGUCCCACCCCCAACGUGACCACUGUCUUCCUAAGAUAAUCGAGUUCCUGUCUUAUGAGGAGCCUCUGGGUAUCUGUUUGACUACCACCUCACUUCUGGGAACAUUCAUCUGUGCUGUUGUCCUGGGGAUCUUCAUCUGUCACCGCAGUACACCUAUAGUCAGAGCCAACAAUUCAGAACUGAGCUUUUUGCUCCUAAUGUCACUCAAACUAUGUUUCUUGUGUUCACUGCUCUUCAUUGGACAACCCAGACUGUGGACAUGCCAACUGAGACAUGCAGCGUUUGGGAUCAGUUUUGUUCUUUGCAUCUCAUGUAUCUUGGUAAAGACGAUGGUGGUUUUGGCUGUGUUUAAAUCCUCCAAGGCAGGAGGUGCAGCAAAUAUCAAAUGGUUUGGAGCUAUGCAGCAGAGGGGGACCAUUUUAGUUCUUACUUGCAUUCAGGCAACAAUCUGCACCACUUGGCUUGUCUUAUCCUCACCAGCUCCACAUAAAAAUACCCAGUACCAUAUUGACAAGAUUGUAUAUCAAUGUGCAAUUGGCUCUACUGUUGGUUUUGCUAUGUUAAUGGGCUACAUUGGAAUAUUAGCUGUUCUUAGCUUUCUUUUAGCAUUUUUUGCAAGAAAUCUUCCCAACAACUUCAAUGAGGCCAAACUCAUCACUUUCAGCAUGUUGAUCUUCUGUACUGUGUGGGUGGCCUUUGUUCCAGCCUACAUCAACUCCCCAGGAAAAUAUGCAGAUGCAGUGGAGGUGUUUGCUAUCCUGGCCUCCAGUUUUGGUCUCUUGGCAGCACUGUUUGGGCCUAAAUGUUACGUACUCCUGAUGAAACCAGAAAAGAACACAAAGAAAGCUAUCAUGGGUCGGAGCAUCAAGUUAUAA